AUGGCUGCUGACAUCUGGGUCCUUCUGUACCCAUGUCGAAGCGUCCUAUCGGGGGUCCCACAGCCCUGGCCCAUCAUACCACACCCUGCACAACAUGCCCACAGAUCCCACUUUCUUCCUCCUCCUCCACCUCCUCCUCACCUCCCUCUAUUCCACACCCGGCAUGCAGAAGAAAGCGCCGAGCGGCCUCAUCUGGUCACCAUUGUUCGCCCAUGUGGGCAAAGCACACUACGAAAGGUAACGGUACUGUUGAACCGCAGGGGUGUGGUGUCCUUUGAGCAACUGCUAUUGGAUAUCUCUGAGGCACUGGGAUUUCCUCGCUGGCACAGAGCCAGAGUCACACGCCUGUACACAACUCACGCACGAGAGGUUAAGGGUGUGUGUGAUUUCUUCCGAGGUGAGGUGGCCUUUCUAGCUCUCGGUAAGGCUCGUCCUGAGUUGAGCAGCGUGCAGGAAGCUUUGGAGGAAUUGUUCCCAGAAGAUUCACAUUACCGAUCGAGUGCAAUACGGGCCUGGGAGAGGAGACUAAGGCCACCACCAGAUAAAGCAGCUAAGGCUGACAGCGGAUACAGCGAGGGAGCCGACAGCAGCGGGACUAACCAAGAGACACACCAAGACACAAACACAAAUGUCAAGCGUCAUACUAAUACUCACACAUCUCAGCAUGUAGACACACACCAGGAUGAAAACUAUAAUUCUGACACUCAGAAGUCUCAUAAAAAGAAUUCAUGCAGAAAACCUGCUCACCCUCCCAACCACCUGCAGAGACUUAAUGUGAGAGAUGGGGUCAGACUACAUCAGCUUUCUGUGAUUGGUCCUUUUAAACAUGAAGACAUUCCAAGAGAUGCAGACAUACCAUCUCCUACACUGUGUGAAAACUGCUUAGCAAGAAGACUUAAACAUCAUGCUCCACCACUGAUCAGUAUGCUAUCAGCAAGGGUCCCACUUCCUCCUGUGCUAAAGAAGCAAAAAGGAAGUUCUCAUAUAGAGCAGGAGGCAAAAAAACUGGAUGUUUAUAACAGUCCUUCAUCUCCUCGACCGAUCUGCAGAGAUGAGGAGAAGAGCUGCAUUCAAAUGCAACUUUUAAGUGCAGCUCCAGAUGUCAGUGCAGCUCACAAAGACUCACAGGAGACAGAAACAUCUGACCUGCCCUCUGAUGGUAGAGAUGUCACCCUGGCAGACAUCGAGCAAUGCUACGAAUUUGGACGUGUGGUCGGAGACGGGAAUUUUGCAGUGGUGCGAGAGUGCCGCCGUCGUGACAAUGGCCAAACCCUCGCCAUCAAGAUCGUUGAGCGCGCCAAACUGAUAGGGCGAGAGCACAUGAUGCAGAACGAGCUGAGUCUCCUGGGAAGUCUGCAUCACCCUCGCAUAGUGAGGCUUUUUGCACACCACCACACAAACACUCACUCCUACCUGGUGAUGGAGCUGGUGAGUGGAGGGGAUCUGUUUGAGGCCAUCAGUGACAGGGGGAAGUUUUCAGAGGUGGAGGCAGGACCGAUGGUGUCAGAUGUGAGCGAAGCUCUGAAUUACAUCCAUUGCAAGAGCAUCGUCCACAGAGACCUCAAGCCAGAGAACCUCCUGAUUGAGCAAGUUGCUGCUGGCAUCUGUAGGCUGAAGCUGGGAGACUUUGGUCUUGCUAUGGUAGUGACUGAACCAGUCUUCACCAUAUGUGGCACACCCACAUAUGUAGCUCCAGAGAUCCUCUGUGAGACAGGUUAUGGUAUAGCAGUGGACGUAUGGGCUCUGGGUGUGAUUCUUUAUAUCCUGCUGUGUGGCUUCCCCCCGUUUCGCAGUCGAGAUCGGGACCAGGUAGAACUGUUCCAGCUAAUAAAACAAGCACAGCUUAAUUUCCCAUCCCCCUACUGGGAUCCCAUAUCAGAGGAAGUGAGAGGCCUCAUCCGAGCUCUUCUUCAGCCAGACCCCACUGUGAGGCUGACAGCACAACAGACCCAUCUGCAUCCGUGGGUGAAAGCAAUGGCUUCAACUUGCAAGCAGAGGGCGCUCACAGACAAAACUCCAAGAGAGAUGGUAGCUACUGGAGCAAAACCAGAAACAGUCCAGAAACUGGCUAAAACAAAUGCAACAGAAUCACUGACAGAAAAAACAACAAAACAUGCUGGCAGCGAGGGAGAAAUCACGGCGAGGAAGCUCGGCAGACAUGAUGAGAGACAAACUGCAAUGAGUGCUGGAAGAGGAGAGGAUGAGAACAAACCACCAGAGCAACAACCAGAGGAGACAAGAUAUAUCAUAUCCCCGCAGGACAGAGAGCACACACCUUUAGAGGCCACACCUGUUCAGCAUGAACCAGAGGUCGCCUCUGCAGAUAGGCGAGAAACACAAGGUCCAGGUCCCAAGCUGCUAAACGCUGAAUUCGAUCAGCUCGACUCCCCCACAGCUGCCCAAACUGAGCUUUUACCCCAAGUUAAGAUACAAGCAAAUCAGAACAGCCAGCAGUCACUUCCAGGUUCUACACAUCCAACCAGGGCAUCCCCCAACCCAACCCAACUCCCUCUUCUCCAUCAACAGAACUUAACUUCUCCACUACAAGACCAUAACAAACCAGACAAUCACACCACCAUCACCCACCCUCCCACACUGUCCUGAUGUCACUGUCAAUCUCCCAUUUGCGUGAUGAGAUCAAGGUCAUUAAUUUCAUUGUUCCGGACAAUACCACUGAUUUCUUGGCAGCUGAAUCCUUCAGUGACCUGCAGAUGAAGUGAUUUUUUACUCUCUGGGGAUGAAUAGGGUCAAAUUAAUGAGGCUGGAUACAUCUCAUAAAUGUGUGUAAUCCAUUUAUCCUGCAAUCAGACACUAAUCAUGGUGUUGUGUAAUGACCAAGGUACUGUCUGUGUAGUACUGUGAGAGGAGGAUGGGAAGGGAGACAGUGAAGCACUGUUUCUUAUUUUUUAUGUGGUAGUGUGUUAAAAAAUACAUUUUUAGUCAGUUUCUUUUAGGGGGGGGUUUGUAGUUGUUGUUUUCUGCAAACUAUGUUUAACAUUGAAACUAAAGUAUCACAUAUGCCACUGGUUUUGGUAGCUAUUUUUAACUGUUAUACUCCUAGAGGUCUGUUUUGGAAUCAUUUA